AGAAUCAUUAUUACAACAAAAUUAGAACUGUUGCUUACAGAAGACUAUAGCGUUAGAUAUGAAAGUCGUCAAACCUGCUGCGAAUUUUGCUGGAUCUUCGAUCUUCAGUCCAGAGGCAGAGCUUGAGAAGUAAAAAUCAUGCCUUUGGAGAAAGGACAAUGGGUUUUUCCUUGUAAGCCUGGUGUUAUCUGGAAAACUGCAUCUCAAAUAACAAUUUGUACAACAUAUUUACUCUCGAAGUUUUGGCUUUCUUGGGUUAAUCAAGUCCAGGUCCACCAUAAGGAAAUUCUUCAAGAACAAGUUGAGCAAUUGCGUUUGAAGAAACGGCCAUUAAUUACUGUGGCAAACCAUACAUCAUCUUUGGAUGAUUGCAUCUUAUGUGGUCUCCUCAAGUUUACAAGCUUUUGCAACUUGAAAACAGCAAGAUGGACACCAGGUGCAAGUGAGAUAGCAUUCAUCAAAAGAAGAUACAAUUAUUACUUCUCAUUAGGCCAAGUGGUUCCAGUCUUGAGAGGUGAUGGUGUAUAUCAACGAGGUAUGGACUUCUGUUUAGAGAAACUUAACAACUGUGGAUGGACCAACAUAUAUGCAGAAGGCAAAGUAAAUAUGACCAAUGAUUUUCUCAGAUUUAAAUGGGGUGUUGGUCGUUUGAUCAGUGAAUGUAAGAUGGUACCCUUGGUUGUACCUAUAUGGCAUAUAGGAAUGGAUGACAUCCUUCCUAAUUACCCUCCGUACAUUCCUCGUAGGAACAAGAAAGUGACGGUCAUUGUAGGUCAACCUCUUGAUCUCAGAGAAUCAGUGGAAAAGAUGAAGGCAGAAAUUUUAUCACCUUUGGAGAUGAGAAAGAAGAUAACAGAUGCAAUACAAGAAGAGAUGAAACUUUUAAAAGCCAGAGCAGAAGCCUUGCAUACUCUCCAUAUACAUCAACAGAGGUGACAGUAGAGCCAUAUUCACACCUGUAAGAGGGUGUAUAAAAUCAUUUGUCCUUGUGUGCUAUACAAUAAUUUUAUUCUCCAACUGAUCUUAAAGGCUUCCUUCACAAAAUUUAUGAAAAGAAGUCUUAAAAUGCUGUCAAAUUUUGAAUUAUUAUUAUUAAUUUUUUAUGAAUUGCUGCUAGGUAGAUUCACAAUUUACAUUGCCUGUUGAGCAACAUUGGUGUUGAUUUUUCAUAGUUGGACAAUUCUAUAAAGAAUCAUCCUUUUGUAUAUCUAUCCUCUGUUUUUCAUCCAUUUUAACUUAACUCCAUGGACUGCUAAGCAAUGAUGAAAUCAAAGCAUUUCAACCUUUGAUAUGAAUAAAAAUACAACAAAUCAUUUUGGAAUGGUCCGACAAAUAAAAGGUUGGACUCUCAUUACGUUCAAUAAAGAAAACAUUUAUACAAUAUAUUGGAUGGCUCAGAAUGGAAUAACAGAAAUAUUCCAAGAGUUUGGGAUAAUAUAGGCCCUAAAGAGUGGAAUAUUUCUGAUAUUUCAUGAAAUACAGCCAUCCAAUAUAAUUAUUAUCAUCUAUCCCACCCCCCCCCCCAAAGAGGGAGCAAUUUGAUUUAACAAGUCAUAUCACUUAUCACAUAAUGCCAUUAUCACUUCAUAGGAUAAAAUUUGGUUGUGACAUGCGAUUUGCAUGUAGUUCAUUAUUACCUCAUUGAGCGUAGUGUGCUCUAUGCUGCGCAUCACAUUGCAUUCAUUGUUGUACAUGUUGUAUAUUUCACACAUUCGCGCACACGCCCUAAACUGUUGAAUAUGCUCUCAUAUUCAAUAGCAAAUUUUGUACAGGAGCCAAUGGGAUAUUCGUCAGAUUUGGGUCCUUUUUAGGGAUACGCUCUGAUACUGCACAGGCAAUUGAUCAGACAAAAAUAAGCGUUUUUAAUGCAUCACUUAAACACUCUAUGUAGAUGAUAAUGAUCGAUAUUGUUAAAAUGCAAGCACAAAUAUUACAGGUCAAGACCACCCCAACAAUAAAUUUGGAUUAACAAUUGAAAAUCAAACCAGCAUAUCACUGAAAUUUCAUUUAAACUAGUUAGAAACUAAGAAAGUUGUGCCUUUUUUGAUGGUCCAAUGGAUUGAUAACCUUCCUACUUUGCUUAUCGCAGAAUUUUGAAAGAAAAGAGAUAGGGCUCCCUUUGGGUGCUCCCACUUUCUGGCUGCACAGAGUCACGAAUCAAUCUAUGUUAUGUUCUAGUAAUCCUCACAGAAUGAUUGUUACUUCUCAGGGAUUCCAAUUCCUGUAGUAGAUAAAUUUCAUCCAAUGUAGUUAAUCUUUAUAGCUUACCAUAAAUUUUGAUAAAUUACUCCCAAAGUAUCGUAAAUUUUUCAGUUCAAUUGAAUCCAAUUAAUUCAUUAAAUUCAUGAAAUAUAAAACAAUUAUCUCUCAUAAAAUGUUGCUGGGGAGUUACAAUAGGCCUAUUGCUAUAUUUUCUAAAUAUGAAUUUUCUAAUCUUUUAUGGUGUGGAUGAUUGUAUGGUGUGAAAUAAGACUGUAUUUUAUUGGAUGUAUUUUGUGAUUUUACAUGAACAUUUAUUGUUAGGAUUUCGACCAAGAUAAAGAUAUACCGGGUAUGCAUAAUUUUAAUUUUUGUUUCAAACCAUUUAUGCAUUGUGUUAUUUUGUAUUGUUUCCUAGUAAAUCAUUUUGAUUUUUAGAAAAUAAAAUGCCAAUUUAUUUCUACAUGAA